AUUUAACUUGACUGUUACACUCUGGUCACAUGUGUAAAUACAUGUAUAAGAUACAACUGGCUUUAGUCGGUGUUAAACUAGCGAGACGCUAUGGGAAACAUAUGACGAGAGUUCGUACACAAGUAGAGAUGAAAAUCGAAAUUCCUUAGUUUCUAGUUUAGAUUUGGAUAUACACACGAAGAUGGUGUUAUAUUAUUAUUAAGCGAUGAUAAUCGUGUUUAAUCUGUGUAUUCUAUUUGUUGAUUUUUUUAAUGAAUAUUUUAGUUUUGAAAUCGAAAGUAGAAGUUCAAAAUCGAAACUAGGAGACUUGAUACAAUAAGCUCAUAAUGGCAACAGUGAAACUUUGUGAUUCAAACCGAGACUCUGCAGGUGACUUCAUUGGAGAAUGUUCUGUCACACAAUCUUGUGAGCCAUGCAUGAAGACCAAUGUAUCAAAAACUGCUACGGUUUUCUGCAAGGACUGUAAUGAGUUCCUGUGUGAUGCGUGUAAAAAUCCACAUACAGUUUAUAAAAGUGGAAAGCAUGACAUCGUCAAUAGCCAUGAUAGGAAAUCUUUGCUAUUGGGAGUCGACAUGAAAGGAAUGGACAAGUGCCAGGAGCACGACAAGGAAAUUGAGUUUUUCUGUCAUGAUCACGCCAAGCUCUGUUGUAGUAAAUGUGUACUCAUUCACCGGAAAUGUGACCUAUUGGAUGAAAUAGCUAACGUAUGCGGACAAAAAAGACAUGAACUUCAAGCAGUGAAACAGUCGUUGAUAAAUUUGCAGUCCGAAGCUGAUUCCAUAAUAACGGACUUUAAGCACUCAGAGACUGGUUUAAAUGAGUCCAUUUCGAAGAUUUCUUCAGAGGUAGACGCCAUGAGAGAUCGUAUCAUAAAACAGUUUGAAGACGCUAAGCAGAAAUUAAUAACUGAGGCAAACACAUUCAAAACUUCAGAAGUACGUUUUAUUGAAAAUAUGCGUGACGCCUCGUCCAAUAUCAAGGAAGAAAUACUCAAAGAAGUGUCGAUGUGUUGUUCUGUUUUAGAACGCGGAACGCCUUCCCAAAAGUACAUUUAUUCCACAAAGAUGAAAGAUAAACUGAACACAAUUGAAUCAAUUUUAAAUAAACAACACAGCAUUAAAAGUUCAUCAACUCUGACAGUGUCUUUUCCAAAAGAGGUGACUACAUUUCUUGAAAUGGGAGACAGUGUUGUAAUACUGAAUUGUGAUAGGAACAAGACAGCGGAAACAAGUCCGAUUAGCUUAUCAUCCCUGCCAAGACCUAUCACCCUGGAGUUGCUCGUGUCCGUGAAUCUAUCAAAGACUGAAGAUGAUGACAAGGAACCGUACCUCACUGGACUUGACUUCCUGCCGGACGGGAGACUGGUUGCCGUGGAUAACUAUAACUGCAAAUGUAUCAUACUGAAUGAACUACUGCAGAGACUAGGAUUACCUUACAAGUUCAAUACAAACCCAUGUGAUGUGGUAUGCUUGUCAUCAGAUGAAUGUGCUGCAACGCUUGGAAAAGGUAAAUUAGUGUGUCUUCUGUCUGUGAGUAAAGACAAUGUAAUAAGGCUGACGAGGAUUAUCAACACAACCUCUAAGUUCUACUCUAUAUCCUGCAUGUCACCGUUACGCAUGGUCGUGAGUUCAUACGAUGAUCCCCGCCCUGUCAAAAUGUUAUCAGUGGACGGUGCAGAGUCUGACUUUGAUCAUGUGACGUUUCCUGUGACGACGUACAAAAUAGAUGAGAGUAUGUGCACGUAUGUCCAGUCUAAGAACACAUCAGUACUUACUGACAGGGACGCGAACAAAGUGUUCAUGUACGACACACUAAAUGGCACAUCUAGAGCAGUCACCAAUAACAACAUCCGGGAACCAUGUAGUGCAUGUGCAGGGCCUAAUGACACAGCGCUGGUGUGCAGUAAGAAUAACCAUGCUAUCGCGCACCUGACUGUUGAUGGCGACGUUCUGGGAUUCUACCCCGUGGAUUUGAAGUUGCCGCACAGCUUAUGUGUAUCUAAGGAUGGCACCAAACUGGCGGUGUCCAACAGCGCUACAGGUGCCGGGAAACUUCAGUUGUACAAGAUAUCACUGGCAAUGAGUUAGGUGACUAGUAAGAUGUUAUCCAUGUGAGCAUGCUGUAGACACACAUAUUGUAUACUAACGUGCGUGUGUGUGGGGAUGUUUAAUACAUAUGUAUUUGAAAAUAUAUUUUAAUAUACUGUGUGUGUAAUACUAUUUUAAUUCACAUUGUAUGCAUUUUAACUGGUUUGUACGGUAAACUAUUCGGUACCUACCCCGUGGAUUUGAAGUUGACGCACAGCUUAUGUGUGUCUAAGGAUGGAACCAGGCUGAUUCGUGUCUAACAACGCGAAAGGCGCCAAGAAACUUCAGUUGACUAUGUACAAGAUAUCACCGGCAAUGAGUAAGGUGACUAGUAAGAUGUUAUCAAUGUGAGCAUGCUGUCAACACAUAUUGUAUACUAACGUAAGAGUGUGGUGAUAUUAGUUCAACUCGUUAUAUUUUUCCGAUAAAUUAUAAUUGAAAAUUGUUGUUACAACUUACUAGUUUAAAUCGAUAAAAAUCGAAAGAUUUCGAACUGCAUAUGCAAUGUGCCUUUCUUAUUAUAUAAAUGUGUUUUAAUACAUACAUUCACGAAAUGUAAUAAUCAUUUUAUCUUAUUUUAA